UCGAAGUGCAGCACAAGUAUUAUGAAAAGGCGAGGAGGCGAGGGACGGCAGGCCACGGCACGCCUAAGCAAAUAUUUGGACAAAACGACCACGUGACACAUCUGCCUAUUGUGGCCCACAAAGCUUUCCUUUGUUCGCUCCUCUUCUCGCGGCCACAUUGCCUCCGCUUGUCUAACACGCUGCAGAUUAGGGACUUUAUAUCUUCGAACAACAUGAACGCACUAACAGACUUACCUUUGCGCCGAAUCGCUUCUGUCUGUCAUGCCAGAUCCAACGUAUCCUCUCUUUCCCAUCUUCGCAUUCUGCGGAUUCAUUGUCGCGUUGAUUCCUCUUCCAUGGCAUUUCCAAGCUUGGAACGCAGGGACGUGCAUCUACAUGCUAUGGGCGUCGCUGGCUAGCCUGAUACAGUUCGUGGACUCUAUAAUCUGGCACGACAGCCUCCAAAAUGUUGCACCCAUCUGGUGCGAUAUCUCAACGAAGUUUAUUAUUGGUGCAGGAGUUGGCAUCCCUGCCGCUUCGCUCUGCAUCAACCGACGCUUGUAUAACAUUGCAUCCGUCCGGGCAGUCACCGUCACUCGUCAAGAAAGACGACGAGCAAUCUAUAUUGACAUCGCCAUUUCUGUCGGUUUGCCCAUCGUGGUGAUGGCUCUGCACUACAUCGUACAGGGUCAUCGUUUUAAUAUCCUUGAAGAAGUAGGCUGUUUACCCGAGAUCUUCAAUACCCCUCCGGCGUACCCUCUUGUUUUUAUGUGGCCCGUUCUCCUGGGCUGCAUAUCGUUCGUGUAUGCAUCACUCACGUUGCGAGCCUUCUGGCGCCGCCGCAUCCAAUUCCAAGAACUUCUUUCCUCCACGACAUCCCUCUCCGUCAAUCGUUACUUUAGACUGAUGCUUCUCUCCUGCCUUGAAAUGGCUCUCACCAUCCCCAUCAGCUCAUAUAGCAUCUACGUCAACACCGCCGGUCUUACUCUCAGUCCAUGGAUCUCCUGGGCUGAUACUCAUUUCAACUUCUCCCACGUCGAAAUGAUCCCUGCUGUCAUCUGGAGGAGCAGCCAUUCGUAUCUCAUUUCUGUUGAGAUGAGCCGUUGGUUAUAUCCUUGUUGCGCUUUCAUAUUCUUCGCGCUUUUCGGGUUCGCCGAUGAAGCGAGGAGGAAUUAUAAGUUGGCAUUCUGGGCCGUCGCGAAAUGUCUUGGUUUCCGACGACCCUCUCGCAAGUCGGACCAGGGACCGUAUUUCCAGUACGUCAUUCACCGUUGUACCCUGUCGUACCUGAGCCUAUCUGACCCUUGUGAUUAGGAGCGCCGUCCUUCCAAGAUUCGGUUCGUCAACUGGAGAGUCAUUACCGGCCUACACUCCGAAAGACUCUUCUGUCAUUGACGUCGAAAGAUCUGCGGGCAAAGACAAAGAGGUGUUCGUGCCAAGCGAGAAGGACGAUGAUUCAUACGAGUACCCAAUACGGCUUUCUCAGCUGUCCUCUCCGUCGCGUCCACUUUCUCACGUUAUCGACCUCACAAUUCCUUCUUCGCCCUCUGACUCGGGAUCUCGCACGGCAUUCAUGGGACCUCCGUCUCCGUAUUAUAAUGCGUCGUAGCAAGACAGUAGCCCUGCAUUCUUCGUCUACACAUAAGUACAUAAUUCCUCUAAGUCUUCUUCCAAUCUUCUUUACUUGCUUGAUUUGUUACCAGUGUUCACACCACACUGCUUAUUAUUAUUAUUUUUCCAAAUGUCGACUUCUCGGUUUCUCUAUCUUUAACGGUCAUAAUUAGCGUUCCGUAUUUGUAGCCAUAGCGAGGCGUGUACUAUACUCCAAAUUUUUCGAAACGUUCUGAACUCUGACGAAGCUACGUUAUACACUCGAGUGUCG